CCUUCUCGUUACAGUGUCCUCUCAAGAAGAUGAAGUUCAUCGCAGUACUCGUUGCUACGGCAUGCCUGGUCAGUGGAAUCCAGGCUGCUGGUACAUUGUUGGACUUUGUGACCGGAAAUAUAACCGUUCAGCUCAACACGCUCAACGCCAACGUUCUUACGUUCAACACCUCGCUCACCGCCGGAGAUUCUCAGGUUAGACAAGCCUUCAACAGCUGGAACUCGGCCUUGAAGAGUGGUGUUGUUGCGAUCCAGAACCGAUUCCAGAGCUAUCCCACGCUCAGCUCAUCCGGACUGAGCAGUGUGCUGAGCACUCUUGGCUCGGUCAGCUACAAUCCAUUGGCAAUGGAUCCUUCGCUGUCCAGCUUGAACUCCACAGUCCAGAGCGCUGCUCAACAAACCAUUAGCCAGUUGACUAUGGCGGUGCAAAACAUGACAUCGCAGCCCCUGGGAAUCUUCUCUGCCAGCUGUUUGCUCAAGUACGGUCCAGCUCUUACAGCGAAGCCAAUCUCGCUCAGCCGCUUUGGAGAAUGUUUGACGAAUGAAACCGCCCGGCUGGCGAUCGUUGCCCAGAACGUGUCCAGUGCGUACGCCUCAUCAGCGACUUUUGCGCAAUCGCUCUUCAGCUUGAGCAGCAUCUGUACCGUCCCAACGGUGGCUCAACUUACCCCGUCGGGAGCUUCGCCGUACACUCCUUCAACUCAGUGCAUCCAAGCGUACCUUUCCGAUAUGAGCCAGAUCCCAACCUACGUCAUGUUCGCCGACAGUGCCCGCUGGUCACAAACUGGGCUGAUCUACAGCAGAGUUCAACGCUGCGCCACCUUCGUCCAAGCCGACAUCCAGGACUCGAUCAACCGCGUGCAGAACUCGUUCGGUACGUGUUUGACCACUGGCAAGUAAAUGAUGACUUUCG